AUGACUUUCCAUAAGAAGCGUUUUUUUUUGUUUGACGUGGAUGGGACCCUGACCCACGCAAGGGCGCCGAUUGAAGAGCGCUUGGUGCACGUUCUACGCAAGCUCCACUCCAAGGGGGACGUUGCCCUGGGGGUGGUAGGAGGGUCAGACUACCGGAAGAUCAUCGAGCAAAUAAAAUGGGACGCCUUUAAAAAGAGGGGAAAGCCAGAAGGCAGCUAA